AUGGACCCACAUCACUACUUCCUCCUGCGAUUUCUUGUCUUCACAGCAUCAAUCUUCCUCCUGCUCUUCUUGCCACAUAGUCUUGAGCCGCUCAAAACCUUCGUCGUGCUUAUCUUGCACUGCUGUUGCUGCUUUCACGCCGACCCCUCACGCAACCUUACCCAACCCAACUCCGACGCCCUCUUGUCGUGGCGUCCAGGAGCUUUCGGCGUGGUGUGCGCGGGCGUACACAAGGUUACCGGGGAGGUGGUGGCGGUGAAGCAGAUACCUCGCCGGCUCAUGUCGACGCCGCGGCUCCAGGCGGAGGUUGACAUGCUGCGGAUGGCCGGGCAGCACAAGAACGUGGUCGGUUUCCGAGAUCUCUUCUCCGACGACAACUUCUACUACAUCGUCAUGGAGUUCGCCACCGGAGGAGAGCUGUUUGACCGGCUCGUGACAAAGGGGGCACACAGCGAGCACGACGCCGCGAGCCUCCUGAGGGAGGUGGUGGACGCGGUGGCCUACCUGCACGGGCACUCGAUCAUCCACUUCGACAUCAAGCCAGAGAACAUCCUGCUCCACGAUGCAGAUACCGACGACAUCGACGUGAGGCUGGUGGAUUUUGGGUCGGCUUUCGUCGUAGGCGCGACUGGAGAGAGCGGUCCCAAGAACGAUAGCGGGACCAUCGCGUACAGCGCGCCCGAAGUCCUUCGCGGGCAGUCAGUUAGCACGGCGGCGGACAUGUGGAGCCUCGGGGUAGUGCUGUACAUCCUGCUCAGCGGCUUCCACCCGUUCGACCUCGAGGGUGGCGCGAAUGACGCUGACGUCAGGAGAAAGGUUCUGGCCAGAGAGCUCACGUUCGAGUCUGCUCACUGGUCCGGCAAGGAAGGGGCGGUGGACCUCAUCAAUCAGCUGCUGGACUCGGACCCCAAGCGCAGGCCCACGGCCGAGGCCGUACUCGCGCACCCCUGGAUGCAGAAGACGGCCAACCUCAGCCGCCGGCCGAUGGUCCACGCCGCGGAGAACCUGAGGGGCUUCCACCGGGGACGCAUGCAGCUGAAGGCGUGCCUGCUGGCGGUGAUGUCUGGGCUGGCGAGCCCCGAGACGUACGGCCACGACCCCAAGUCUACGGUCGGCAGCCGGACGGGGGCUUUGAAGUGGAUGGACCAGGAUAGACGUGGAAGGAAGAAGGGUUACCUGUCGGCCGCCGAUCUGGACAAGGCGCUCAAGAUGCUGGGGGAGAACCUGAACGAUCGGGAGAUCCUGCGCAUGAUGCAGGCGUCUACUGGCCACCCGGGCACCGAGCACGCACCUCGCGUCAUGUACGAGGACUUCAUGAAGCUCGUGCCUCCGCUCUGUCCGUCACAGGUCUUCAAGGGGGGUGCCACGAUCUACACCGAGGGCGAGAUCGACCGUAACUUUUACCUCAUCAACCAGGGAGAGGUUCUCCUAGAGGUCGAAGGCGUAUCGGCGAAAAAGAGGGGACGGCUGUGGGGAAGAAGCACGGCGCAGUCGGAGAGAGACGGCGAAGACUUCGUGGUGAACCUGGAGACUUUGAAGAGAGGGAGUUCCUUCGGCGAGGCGGAGCUGCUGGCCGCUGCCGAAGCCGAGGAAGGGCUCGCCGCCGCCGCCGCCGCCCUCAAGCACCGGCAAAAUUCCCAGAAGACGGAGCGGCUCAAGUCGAUGGGCAGGGCGACGGCGGCCAAGCAGCAGCAGCAGCAGCCGAAGGAGCCUGCGGGGAUGCUCGUGUCCGCGGCGGGGGUCAGUAGCGAGGGUGUUAAGCCGACGGCUAUCGCCGUGGAGAAGUCUCUGCCCGCGAGAAAGAGGACGCCGGGGGAGGAGUACGGCAGGGGGCCGGCUAGGGGGGGGGGAGUGGCGAGGGCGGUGAGGGCGGUGUGCGUGUCGGAGGAGGACUGCGAGGUGAUGGCAGUGCCGCGACAUCUGUUCGCGAACCUGCUGGACGAGCUGGGAGGGGUGCGGCGAAAGCUCGAGGGGCAGGCGAAAGCGCGAGCGGCGAGAGGACUGAACCGUCUCAUCGAAGAAAACACCCUCCCGGGGAGCCGCGAGAAGUUGGUUCCCGCGUCCACCGACGUCUGGCCUCCGCCCACCCCAAAGGGCGGCGGCGGGCGAGACUUGGACGCGCCGGACAUGAGCGGCAUCUCGGGCAGCAGCGGGAUGGGGGAGACGCGGAGAGUGAGCCGGAGGGACGCGCCGACGGUGCUCCUUUUCCGGGAAGGGUCGGCCGCGGUGACGCUAUCGGACGGCACGAGGAUGAAGGUCGGGGCAGGUGAGGUGCUCGUCUGCGGCGUACCGAGGAGGGGCAUUCCCCGCAUCACCAAAGUCACCUCCGACACCAAGGCGAAGGUGGUGGAGGUGCCGCUGGAGUCCUUCCGAAAGGGAGGCCUGUUCUCCUCGCCCGCCGCCCUCGACGCCUUCUUGCGCGUGCUGAGUGUCGGCUUCCACGACGUGAGCGAAUAAUUGUCUCGCCGGGUCUCGGGCAACGGUCGGCCGGACGCGUCCGUCCGUCCGUCCGUCUUUUGGGGGGCUCCGGCGCGUUUUUGCGCUUGCUGAGCGUGGGGCUUCCAUGGACGUUGAAGCGAAAAUUCUCGAUCUCGGCGACAGGCGGAGGCGAGUGCGUGUGUGCGGUUUCCAGGAGCCGGGGUACGACCACAGCGUCUGCUUUGCGGACGUCGUCGCCCCCCCCCUGGAGUCAAGCGCGCGGCUGUUGUACCCUACCACGUUGCGUCGAAUCUGCGGCAUCCGUUCUAGUGUCGAAACGGCAGACUACGAAAAUGUCUGGUCGAACCGAAAAGUGUGUACUGCUUUGUGGUAAGCAGCAGGAGCUGGUCUUGGAGGGAGGAAGGCUUAUAUGGCGGGAAAGAAAAUUCUUGUUUUUUUUUUUUUUCGGCGGCGGCGGUGGCAGGCGGCGGCCGUUUCGUCUUGGACACGAAACGGCCAACACUGAACCGGCACAUACAUGAGACCCUCUCUCGAGACUACUCGAGCGCUGUGCCUGGUUGAUGAUUGCGGAGGGCGGGAGAGGCAGUCGACCGAGCAGGGAGCAAAGAGAGCAUAAUAGCCGACCUGAAUGCGAAGGCGGCGGUUAGCCAAGGCGGCCGGCUUCAAGUGUGACGGCAAACUGUCCUUUCAGCGAGAAGGCGUUAUUGGGCAGGAAGGACACCACCAGUUGAAAAGAGAGAGAGGGAGAGAGAGAGAGAGCCGCGGCUAUGUUAAGCCCACGUGGCGGCGGCGGUGUCGUAGCGAACCAAACUAGUUGGACGUACUACUUUGAAGCAGCACUUGGGGGGGGGGGGAAGGGAGAGAAGCAGUGGCAAGGCGCCCGCUCGGCGAGGCUCACACGAAAGGGGCAAAGCGAAGCGGACCGAGGCCGUGGCUGUUCGGGCUGGUGGCUUUAUUGUAGUCUUUCCUGAGCGCGUUGGCCUGCCCAGGAGGUCCUAGAAAACGCGGGUUGCCGGGGUUGUUGGGGUCGUUUCCGGGAGCAGUGAUACGAGAGAGGCCUACAGGAGGAGUGGGGGGAAGGGAUGACAACAGCAUGUACAGGUUAAAGCACACCUUGUAUUCAGGGUGGAUGACGACGAUACGGGGAGGCGGGGUGGGGGUGAUGGUGGUGGUAGCGGAGGACAACACGACGUGCGCGCGUAGAUAGUUGUUGAAACCCCGUCCUCUUUAGUGUUUUCGCUUUUUAGAUCCGCGAUGAUGGGCUUGUUUUUGAGGCAGUUCCUCAUGGGGCUGGCUGUGUCCGGUGUUCGUGCGUCAGACAGAGCAAAGAGAAUGAAGGCGAGGCACCCCUUUUUGCAUGGCGCACGUGUUGCCCACCACCAUGAUGCCCGAGCAAGGCCCAAGCCGGUGUGCAUGCGUUUUUUUUUUUUUUUUGAUGAAGAGAAAAGAGGUCGGAGAGGACUAGACUUGAGUCCGAUCAAGCGGGGGUAUACACACAGAUACAACCGUUGUACGGCGCGUUUGUUUUGCUGUGUUGUUCCCUGUGGUUUGUUCCGGUUCUUCGGGAACUUGUGGGACCCCGCUGCUAUUCUACCGCUUUUUUUUUGUUGUUUGUUGGUGUUGCAUGUUCUUAGAUCAACUCUUUUGGGAGCCCGCGGAGCGAGCGGUGGCAGGGCGCCGAUUCUGCUUCGCUGGUCCGGGGUGCGCAUUUUUGGGCCCUUCUUUUUUUUGUUAGUUUCUUGGUCCCCUCUCAGCGCUUGGAAGAGCCGCGUGUAAGUUGUGGCACCCGCGCCAACUUGCCAUAGCUUUGGGAAACGUACUACUUUUGGUAUCGGAAAAUCGGACCAUUUCUUCACUGCUUUCUCGGGGAGUUCGAUUCGAGUGGGGAGGCCGGUGUUGAUGUAGCAGGCAAGAGCAAGGGCGGGGCGGACGGAACCAUGAAUGAAGACAGAGAGAUUGUGAACGGUUGCGCUGACUCGUGGGAGGUGAUGGGAUACUGUGCAGGUACAGACAGACAUGAGGCGGUGGGUACGAAAGUUGCUCCGCCUUUCUUUGCGUGCGUACGUACGUACGUACGUUGUCGGGAAUAGGUAAAGCAGGAAAUAAUGCGUUCGUUCGCUGUACGUAUUUCCUUCAUGAUGAAAUGGUGAAUGUCGCAGCUAGCUGCGGGUGAGAAAAGACGCGUAUAUUUUAAACUUGUUUGGUAGGAAUUUUUUAUAUGUUUUCUAGACAACAAAGUAAAAGGAGGGCGGGGGGGAUUUUUUCGUUGUUCUUGUUUGGUGCGUUUUUGUCGCCUCUCCAAGCGCUCCUACUUUCUUUCAUUCCCCCCGUCCCAUCAGGGUCGGUCGUAUUUUUGUGGUGGUUGGAUGAUGGGCAUGUGUGAUGUGUGCUGCUGCUGCUGCUGCUGUCAGGACUUCCUUGGUUGCUUGCGCCUUUUAGGCGGGAGAAGUUCUAAUAUUAGGUGGUGUUGUUUUUUGACGCGCGAAUACAGACGACGAAGAAAAAAAAAUGAAAACUGCUGGUUGCCUUGGU